AUGGGCUUCUCCAAGCCGGGCAGGUCCAUGUCGGCCUCGCUCUCGACCAAGACCUCCAACAAGCUCAAGCGCAAGGAGCUCUACGUGCUCAACAAGAAGGAGAAGGACAAGGAUCAGCGCGAGAGGCGCUUCCGCCGGAAGAAGGAGGAGGACAAGGACCCCGAGCUCAAGGCCCAGCGCCUCGCCAAGAACCAGCCAAAGACGCUCGACCAGAAGCGCGUGUGGGACGAUGUCGACGACGACAGCCUGGGCAUGCAGGUGGACGUGGAGAAGCUCAAGAGGCGGAGGAUAGAAGAGGAAGAGGCGGCGCAGAACGCGGAGCUCGAUCGCGAAAUCGACGAGGAGGAGGGCGACGACAGCGACGCAGACAGCAUGCUGGCGUCGGACGACGAGGACGACGAGGAGGCGGCAGAGGCAAAGAGGGCGGAGCGCGAGAGGAAACGCGAGGAGAAGAAGCGCGCGCGCAGGGAUAACUCUACUGCGCCCUCGACAACCAGCACAAACCUCGACCUCACGCCAUCCUCCCUCGCCCUCAAAUUCCCCAUGCUCUUCACCGACACCCCGCCGCCCGUCCCCAAGGUCCUCCUCACCACCUCCCUCAACUCGACCCUCCACCACGAGGCCAACAUCUUCCGCUCCGUCUUCCCCAACGCCACCUACGUCCCUCGCUCCGCCCACCGCUUCGGCCACAAGUACUCCCUCCGCGAGAUCAGCAAGUUCGCCGCGAACCGCGACUACACCGCCGUCGUCAUGCUCAAGGAGGACCAGAAGAAGCUCACGGGCAUGAGCAUCGUCCACCUGCCCGCCGGCCCGACCUUCACCUUCUCCAUCACCAACUUCAUGGAGGGCAAGAAGCUGCCCGGCCACGGCAACCCGACGAACCACUACCCGGAGCUGCUGCUCAACAACUUCAAGACGCCCCUCGGCAUGCUCACCGCCGCCCUCUUCCAGCGCCUGUUCCCGCCCCAGCCCGAGUUCGAGGGCCGCCAGGUGCUGACGAUCCACAACCAGCGCGACUACCUCUUCUGGCGCCGCCACCGCUACGUCUUCCGCGAGAAGCGCGAGACGGAGAAGAACAUUGUCACGGCGGAGGGCAGCGAGAUGAAGGGCGUCGAGGGCAUCCGCGUCGGCCUGCAGGAGGUCGGCCCUCGCUUCACCGCGAAGUUGAGGAGGGUGGACAAGGGUAUUGGAAGAGCCGGCAGCGAGGGUGACGACGCGCAGCCGUGGGAGUGGAAGGCCAGGAUGGAGAAGGACCGGAAGCGCUUCAACUUGUAG